UGGUUUCGGCGUUGAGGAAUGAUCCCUCUGCGGGCGGCGUUCUAUUCGGCUUUCUUCUUUUCUUUUUGCGGUCACUACCCUCCACCAACUUCGGAUAUGAACGCGAUACGACUUAUCACUGCGGCCUUUUUUGUUUCCUUUGUCCUAUUUGACGGACGUGGCAGAUAUCCGAAAUUCUACACGCUAAUUAAACGGUUUGGGCGCGAGUUUGGUUCAUUGGGAACUAAAAAGACUAGGGAAGUGUGGCCAAAACGUAGAUAUCACAACCCCAUUUCCCCUUAAGCCUGUCGUUGAUCAUCUCUUUGUUGAU